AUGAUCCGGAGAGAUCUUAUUGUUCAGAGGUCCGUUGAUGAACACCAGUUGAACUCUGUUUGCAACAUCUUGCCCUUGCAGAGUGAUGUGGGCCUGUUAAAGACUGUCACCUCCAUUUGUCCUUAUUCGAAGCUUCUGACUUAUGAGUUCUAUUGUAAUCUUAAUGAGGAGAUUGACAAUUUGACUGGGACGCGAUGCAUGCAAAUCUUCAUCCGAGGUAAAUGGUAUGUCUUCGGUCCUGAUAUGAUAAAUGAAUAUUAUGGUUUGAAGGGUGUUCACGAAGAAGAUAUCACGGACUGGGAUUUGGUGGCAAAGACCCUCACAUGUGGACACACUACUGCAUGGCCUACGGGUGAAACUGAUACUCUGCAUAGCUCGCGUCUCACCUCUAAAUAUGUCAUUUUGCACCGGAUUGCUCUUCACAACUGGCUACCAUCUGCUCACUUUCAUACGGUCGACAAACAAUUGGCAGCUCUCCUGUUUCGGAUUGGAACUAAAAUGUCUAUUGAUCUGGGGUCAUGGAUCUUUUAUCAUAUCCUCACGUUGAUCCAUCCGCGAGAGCAGAAGGUAAGGUUACCUUUUCCUAAUCUGAUUUUUGGGGUUCUGAAAACGCAAGGCCUAGUGCCAAUGCCUAGUGAGGUGAUAAGUCUAACUCUUCUUUAUACUGUUGAUCCUCGUCUUCUGACUGGAAAUCACAUUCGCGAUGUUACGCUGGUGAAUGCUCCUCCCUCUACUGAUGCUGAUACUGUGGCUGAUGAUUCGCCACAUGAGAAAUAUGUUCAACUCUCCCUUCGACUGAAGGCCCGGGUAUCUAAACUUGAGACUGUUCAUGGAAUCAUUGCGAAGCAGCUGACUGGGGCCCGUACUGAAUUGGCUACCGUUCUUCUCCGCUUGAGCAUGACUGAAUCUGCUGCUGCUGAUGCUGCUAAGUUUGACAGUGAGGACCCCUUCAAUGCAUGA